GGAGGUUGCUGGAAGGGGAAGAGGCAAUGGCAUGGAUGGUCACUGGCCCUCAGAGGAGAGUACUGGCCCGUCUCUUGGUCCUGGUUACAUAGUGGGGAAGUCUGCUCUACGUGCAGUCAAUCUGAUACAUCUUGACUUCACUUCAUGUCUUUUGAGGCGCCUCAAAAGAUUGGCUGGCAGAGAGGAAGUCUGCUCUAG